AUGGCCGACGCCUACGCGGACCGCUCCUACGGCUCCGACCCGGUCGGAUUCGGGCAGACGCUCGGCAUCAUCGUCGUCGACUUUCAAAAGGCCUUCACUCGGCCGGGAGGGGCUCUGGCCGGCUCGCCUCACAUCGAGGCCGCGGUAGAGGCGACCCAGCGGCUGCUCACCCACGCGCGGGCGGCCGGCGUGCGCGUGGCGGUCUCGUACGUCGCCUACGCGACGCUCGACGCGAUGCCGCACUGGAAGGUGCGGGCAGUCAAGACGGACCUCUUUCGUGGCAUGCCAGGCACGGAGCUGGACCCGCGCAUCACGGCGGGAGGGCAGAGCGACUAUGCCUUCGACAAGUGGGGCGCGUCCUCCUUCUUCCAGACGCCGCUCGCCGCCUACUUCACGCGCCACGGCGUCGAUACCGUCGCUGUCUGCGGCUGCACCACCUCCGGCUGCGUGCGAGCGACGGUGGUGGACGCGUUCCAGUUCGGCUUCCGCACGCUGCUAGUGGCGGACGGAUGCGGUGGCGCCGAGAUGCGGCCGAGAUGUGGCCGAUACCGAGCGGUGAUUGCCGCGACCGAAGGCGCCUCUCUUCACAGCGAGCCGGUGGCGCGGCGUCAAGUAUGAGUAGCGUUGUAGAUGAAGUCGGGGUCACAGGACGCGGCACAGACGGGGCACACAAGUCAGGCUACAAACACAGGGAGGCGCGCAGUGAGGCAAGGGUAGGGCGGUCGCAAGGGCGGCGGCGGCGAGGGUGGUGGUGUAGGGUGGCGGCGAGCGGGCAGUGGCGAGGGCAGCGGGGCGGCUGGAGGCGAGGGCGCGAGAGCGGCGGCAGUCCGGAGGGCGGCCGAGGGGAGGGUGGUGCGGGGCG